AGAUGAUGGUUUUCUGCAUUUCUGUCUCUUUGGCUCCCUCUGGUGGCGGAUCAGCUCAUGCUCGUCAGAGACACCUACACCACAGCUUUUGUGAAGAACCUGAUCGUGGUUCUGGUCUGGCUCAUUCUCAGUUACAUCAACAGCACCUUGGUCGCCACCUUUUUUAGACACCAGAUGUUCUAUGAAGACCCUCGUUACAUCCUCUUCAUCCACAUGGUGAUCAACGAUGGCAUCCAGCUGACCGUCACAAUCACACUUUUUGUUCUCAGCUACAUCCUGUACAAGAUCAACGUCUCUGUCUGCUGCUUCUUCAUCCUGGUGGCAGUCUUCACCACCAGGAACACACCAGUCAACUUAGCGAGCAUGGCCAUAGAGCGCUACAUUGCCAUCUGUGAGCCUUUACGCCACUCCCAGAUCUGCACCGUGAGAAGGACUUACAUCGUCAUUGGGCUGAUUUGGUUUAUAUGCGUGGCUCCGGACAUCACAGAUCUGUUUGUGACGCUGGCGACGGAGUCCCUGAGCUUCUUCCAUGAGUCGGUGUUCUGUUUGCGUCAGAAUGUGUUCAAAGAUCCGAUUCUGGCAGACAAGAGACAAGCCUUUGACAUCAUUUACUUCUCUUGUGUGUUUCUGACUCUGGUGUUCACCUAUCUGAAGAUCCUGUUUGCGGCCCGGGCCCUGUCCACAGAGAAGAGGUCCGCCCAGAGAGCCAGGAACACCAUCCUGCUCCACGGGGCCCAGCUCGCCAUGUGCAUGCUCUCCUACAUCUCCCCCAGCGUGGAGAUCAUCCUGCAUCUAAUCUUCCCCGGGAGAAUCCUGGAAAUCAGGUAUGCGAACUACCUGAUCGUCUACAUCCUGCCCCGCUUCCUGAGCCCGAUAAUCUACGGCGCCAGGGACAAAAAGUUCAGGAAGUACCUCAAGAUGUACCUUCUGAGCUACAGGUGCAGGGUCAAACUGCAGACAGUGACCCCCACGGACAAACAGGCCACAUAA